ACACCACACGCUUCCUCAGUAGCCAAUAGAGAAGAGGAAUAGCGAAGAGCUUCCUGAGUUCUGGGGUCGACUGAAGAUGGCCGCCGACAGGGGUUGGUCCUUGUAUGAGUUAUUGAGGUUUUUUUAUUCAUUAUUUUUCCCUGGGCUAAUUGUUUGUGGAACUUUAUGUUUGUGUUUGGUCAUUAUCCUUUGGGGAAUCAGAGUGAUGCUACAGAAAAAGAAAAACUCAAGAUCGACUGGAAAAAAUGGGAAAAAUCAAAUGGUGAUUGCAUUUUUCCAUCCGUACUGCAACGCUGGCGGAGGAGGAGAAAGAGUUUUAUGGUGUGCAUUAAGGGCCCUGCAGAAAAAGUUUCCCGAAGCAGUUUAUGUCGUUUAUACCGGUGAUGUUAAUGUCAGCAGUCAGCAAAUCCUAGCAGGUGCUUUCAGAAGAUUCAACAUCAGAUUAAUGCGCCCAGUGGAAUUUGUUUUCUUAAAGAAGCGCUACCUUGUGGAGGAUUCCCUCUACCCUCACUUCACACUGCUGGGCCAAAGUCUAGGAUCCAUUUUUCUUGGCUGGGAAGCUCUGAUGCAGUGUGUUCCCGAUAUUUACAUCGACUCAAUGGGCUACGCUUUCACACUUCCUCUGUUUAAGUAUUUAGGCGGUUGCCGAGUUGGAAGCUACGUUCAUUAUCCCACUAUCAGCACUGACAUGCUCUCUGUAGUGAAGAAUCAAAAUGUUGGAUUUAAUAAUGCAGCCUUCAUUACCAGGAAUCCCUUUCUCAGCAAAGUAAAGCUCAUCUACUACUAUUUAUUUGCUUUUGUUUAUGGACUUGUUGGUUCUUGCAGUGAUGUAGUCAUGGUCAAUUCUUCUUGGACACUGAACCACAUUCUCUUACUGUGGAAGGUUGGGCAUUGCACUAACAUUGUUUAUCCGCCUUGUGAUGUACAGACAUUUCUGGACAUUCCCGUACAUGAGAAAAAAAUGAGCCCGGGACACUUACUAGUGUCUAUUGGCCAGUUUAGGCCUGAAAAGAAUCAUCCUUUGCAGAUCAGAGCCUUUGCUAAACUGCUGAAUAAGGAGGAGGCUAAGUCACUUCCUUCACUUAAACUGGUCCUCAUUGGAGGCUGUCGGAACCCAGAUGAUGAACUCAGGGUAAACCAACUGAGAAGGCUCUCUGAGGAGCUAGGAGUUCAAGAAGAUGUAGAAUUUAAAAUAAAUAUUCCGUUUGAUGAAUUAAAGAGUUACUUGUCUGAAGCCACAAUCGGUCUGCACACCAUGUGGAACGAACAUUUUGGGAUUGGAAUUGUUGAGUGUAUGGCAGCUGGCACAAUUAUCCUUGCACACAAUUCCGGGGGCCCAAAGCUUGACAUUGUCGUCCCUCACGAAGGAGAGGUAACUGGAUUUCUGGCUGACAGUGAAGAAGGCUAUGCUGAGACUAUGGCCCAUAUUCUUUCCAUGCCUGAGGAAAAGAGACUCCAAAUCAGAAACAAUGCUCGGGCAUCUGUAAGCCGAUUCUCUGAUCAGGAGUUUGAAGUGACAUUCCUGUCAUCUGUUGAAAAGUUAUUUAAGUAAUGCCGUACCUGUACAAAGAUAUUUUAUAUACAAUAGUCAAACACCUUCAUAUGUUAAGAUUUUUCUAAACUCAUUCCCUGUUGUAAUAAAGUCAGCCUAAGCAAUGCUUUCAGCAGUGUGUGUGUGUGUGUGUGUGUGUGUGUGUGUGUG